CAACACAGAACGCAUAACAGGAAGGUACUCCUCAGUCGAGCUUCUGCAUCAGUCAUGUUGGAAGUUGCACAUGGUGCAAUUCUCUAAGCAACCAUGGAAUCCGGACUGCGGCAGAAAGCUGGGGAGUGCGGGCUGACUGCAGUCACGCUGCAAAGCCCCCUGGGAAGGAUCCGAGUGGCAGGAUGCGAAGACGGCGUGCACCACAUCCAGAUCCUGACGGAAGGCGCACCUGCUGAAAGAACUGCUGAAGCCCCGUUGGCCUGUGUGGUGUGUGAGGGCCAUGAGGAGAUGACCACCCCUGUGCGCGAGGCUGCUGAUUGGCUGCUGGCUUACUUCAACGACCCACAGACCAUGGACAAAUAUCCUCUCCCUGCUUUUCACCACCCUCUGCUCCAGGAAGUUACAUUCACCAGUCGAGUCCUCCAGACCCUUGUGAGAGAGGUGAAAGUGGGAGAGACUGUAUCUUACAAACGCCUUGCUGAAAUGGCCGGCAACAGUAAGGCAGUACGAGCAGUGGGUGGAGCCAUGAGGAGGAACCCGGUCCCUCUGUUGAUUCCAUGCCAUCGGGUGAUAAGCAGCAGUGGUGAGAGUGGCAGCUACAUGGGCGGAAAGGGAAACCAUCUUAAAGAGUGGCUGCUCACACACGAGAGACUUCUUUCCAAAAGCAGACCCCGACCCCUCCCCCCGGCCCCCUCUUCGGACCGCUAACGCCGUGUAGCCGCGCAGCCGGCUGUGAAAGCUGCCUCUACUGCGUCCAAUACCGCCGCACGCUGUUUUAGCCGCUUUCCAGAGAGGGAGAUAAUGAAAGUUCCACAGAAAAAAAGAAAUAUUUCUGUAAUGAAACAGAUACCAUUGACCAUGGAAAAUAGCUGGAGUAGUCAUUUAUAUAUUUAUUUUGAAUGAGAAAGAGAGGGACUGAGAGUAGUUGUGGGGGCCUGUUUUUGUAUCUUUUUCUGUAUCUUUUGUCUCACCCCUCCUCAUCCUCCAUCUUUUCUCUGAAUCUGGCUGUUAUCUAAUGGAGGAAAUGCUUGUUGCUUUGCCGUUUUAUAUUCAAAAGGAAAGGCGGCACAUGAAUUCCUGCCAUGCAGCCGAGUCCCGCAACCUGCGCGGGCGGCUUCCAUUUUCUACUGAAGUACGGCUCACCACAUCCUGCAAUUAGCAAUUACUCUCAGAUUAUGGUUCAGAUUUCAAGAUUAUUUUAUAAAAUUACUGCAAAGAAAACCCACCCAGUGAUUUAUUUCUUAAAUUGACAACCUACAAACGUCUGAACCUGAAUGUAAACAUGCUUUUGUAUAGUUUCUGGUGAUAUUGCAAAAAGUGUGUCUUUGUAUAUCUACAGUAUAUUAUAUGUUUCAAUGUGUGUCGUAAGAACCUUACAUUUUGCCAUGAAAAACAGUACAAUGUCCAGUACAAAGUAUCGUUCAUAUAAACAUAUAAUGACACAAUGCAGAAUAAAACAUUAACCCUUGUUAUGUCUGAGACCCCAGUCUUAGUGUUGAAAUAUGCACUCACUCAUGGUCAUUUGUCCACUUAAAAUUCUGAUAUUGGAUGAGCAUAAUUCCUGCAAACUUGUCAUAAAUAUGAGCAGAUUCGUGCACGAGGGGAAGCACUGGUGACUGCAGUUGGUGCAGAGAGAUCCACCUUUUCGGCUUUUGGGGCUUUUUGGAGGAAAACGGUGUUCUUGAGAUCACAUUCCAUUGGCUGUUUUCAUCAGUGCCAGGUUUGAUCUGCUUUCCUGUCCAACCCCAACACCAUCCAGCAGAGAUGACAACAGAACUCUGGAAUGAACUCUUAACUACUACUAAG